AUGGACCCUUCUCUCGAUAUCUCCAAGCUCAGCGACGCCGACAAGGCUGAUCUGCAGCAGCAACUCGCCAACGAGCAGCAAAAGGCAACUAUUCAGCAGACCGUCCACUCCCUCAACGAGGUCUGUUUCAAGAAGUGCACAACCUCCAAGAGCUUCUCAUCCGGUACUCUCGACCGAAGCGAGGAGGCAUGCGCGGCAAACUGCGUGGACCGAUGGAUGGAUUCACAGCUGUUGAUCCUGCAGAAGCUGGGCAGCAUGCGCCAGUAA